GAAGACGGCUUCCGCUGUUUUUGUUUACGAAUUACGAGUUUGGACUUUGGAAAUAUACAAAUCCGUCAAAAUAUUGUUUGCUGUAAAAAUUAAAAUGUAAAUCACCUUUAACUUAACGUUAAUUUGAACUUUUCUCCGCAGUUAUUUAGUUGCCGGCUCAAAUGAGUCAGGAAGUGUCUCGCUAAUCCCUAUGUAAAAUGUUGGGAGAAUCAGAUUGCAUCAGUAGAUUUUUCGAGAACGAUGACAGUGUGAGUCCAACAGCCAACAUGAGCCAGACAUCCAUAGAUUCAGGGUUGGAUGACCUCAGCCUAUCACAGCUCACAAUCCAUGACCCUGAACCGCUGAAUGUACCACCAUUCUAUAACAUCACCCCACGGGAGAUUCCAACAUCGCCACAUGCUGUUUUGGAAGAAGAAUUUACCCGGAAUCCAUGGGCUAUGCUUGUAGCCACUAUUUUCUUGACAAAAACAUCCGGAAAAGCUGCGAAGCCGUACAUGAAAGCCUUCUUUGAUGAUUAUCCAACGCCUUAUUGUGUUUUGGACAGUUCGCCUGAUUCCUUGGAGAGAUAUUUUGAAAAUUUAGGUCUCAGAAAGCGUGGAUGCAUUAUAUGGAAGUUGACCUAUCAGUUUGUGUCAUGUAAAUGGCGGCGGGCUAGCGACUUGUAUGGUAUCGGAAAGUACGGCGAAGAUGCGUACAGGAUAUUCUGCCUCGGUCACACCGACUUGGACCCUGAUGAUAGGUACCUAAAGUUGUAUUUAGAUUGGCUUAGAUGUAACACGGAUUUUAUGGAGACCAACGGCGCGAUAGACAGUGAAUAUGUAAUGGACGAUCUUGUUGCUAAGUAUUACGAGAUAACAUUAAGAAAUUAGGUACAUGUUCUUGAUCGAAUUUCCAAGUAGUAUUGGUCGCACAGGUUUGUGGAGGUGAUUAGGGUAUUUUUCUAAAACUAGACAUGGCUUGCAAGAAAGAAAGAAAUUUGUUGUUAAUUAUUGCUCUGCAAGGCGCAUUAGUGUUAACUUGUGGUGGUUCGAAAAUAACAAUUUAAUGUAUAUAAUUUAAUGUAUAAAUAAGUUAUACAUGUAAAAGUAAAAAAUAAUUUGAAAUAAUAUAGAGUUUGGUAUAAAAGAUGUAGCUAAACCAGUUUUUUAGUCUCAAAACAGGGUCAAAAGACCUCAAAAAUAAAAUAAUUAAGUUUAAUUACUUAUAUAUCUAGUGUGUGUAUCGAUAUUUUUCAUCUUGGUGAUAAUAUAAGGGUUGGGGAUACAAGACCAAAAUUAUGAAAAUAUUGUAUUGUCAUUGGUCCUUCACGUGUGUAAAUUUACAAGAAUUUUAUUUUAUGUUCGAAGAUUCUGUUACAUAGACAGGUCAAGCUACUCUCAGAUAAUAAAAAUUAAAAAUAUGCCACUCUCUCGUAACAAUAAGAUCUAUUAGACAAUUUGUGUCCAGUCAUGUUAUAUUAUUGUUUAAAUAAAUUAAAUGUCUAUGAUAUCACAUGUAAAC